AUGGAUAUCGAAAAGGCAGGGAGCAGAAGAGAAGAAGAAGAACCCAUUGUUCAAAAGCCAAAGCUGGACAAAGGCAAAGGCAAAGCUCAUGUGUUUGCUCCUCCUAUGAACUACAGUCGAAUCAUGGACAAACAUAAGCAAGAAAAGGUGAGCAUGGCCGGGUGGAAAAGAGGCGUAGCGAUUUUCGAUUUUGUUCUUAGACUCAUUGCAGCCAUCACGGCCAUGGCUGCUGCAGCAAAGAUGGCCACCACGGAAGAGACUCUUCCUUUCUUCACUCAGUUCUUGCAGUUCCAGGCUGACUAUACCGAUCUACCAACGUUUUCAGCUUUUGUGGUAGUAAACUCAAUCGUGGGCGGCUACCUAACCCUCUCAUUGCCUUUUUCCAUUGUCUGUAUCCUCCGGCCUCUCGCGGUGCCACCUAGGCUCUUCCUUAUCUUAUGUGACACGGCGAUGAUGGGCCUCACUAUGAUGGCGGCAUCAGCUUCUGCAGCAAUAGUUUAUUUGGCGCACAACGGGAAUUCAAGCUCGAACUGGCUUCCGGUUUGCCAGCAGUUCGGUGACUUUUGCCAAGGAACGAGCGGCGCCGUGGUGGCUUCUUUUAUUGCGGGGGCUCUUCUGAUGAUCCUCGUCAUCCUCUCUGCAUUUGCUCUCAAGAGAUCCACUUAA